AUGGCUACAACAUUGGAAACGGUGACAUCGGCUGACAUUACUGAAAAGGAGCGUGAAGGAAAGGUAUGUGACGUAAGUGACCGGGCCGUGUGGUGUCUGUCGUCAUGCAAAAGUAACCAUGGAAUUAAUGAAUUGCUGAACGAGUCGUUGGACACCUACUGGCAGUCCGACGGACCGCAGCCGCACACCGUCACUGUGCAGUUUCCUCAAAAGACUAUCAUCUCUGAGAUUUGUCUCUAUAAUGACUACAAGGUGGAUGAGAGCUAUACGCCCAGCCGAAUCGCAAUCCGAGUGGGCAACCACGUGGGUGACCUGGUGGAGUUGACGGAAGUGGAGUUGCACGAGCCUUCCGGUUGGUCGGUGCUGCCGCUGCGAUGGCCGAACGGGGCGCCAGUGAGCUUGUUCACCCUGCAGCUGCGCAUCCUUGCCAAUCACCAAAACGGUCGUGACACUCACCUUCGUGCCAUUCGUCUCUUUGCACCCCUCGUCCGAUCCGGCCUUGACGCUGCCCUUAACCAGGCUCUCUUCACUACUCUUGAGGCGCGUCGUUAUACCACCAUCCGCUGA